GGCACAGGUGACAGGUGGGGCACGGGCGGGACAGAGCACAGCAGAGCACAGCAGAGCACAGCAGAGCACAGCAGAGCACAGCAGAGCACAGCAGAGCACAGCACAGCAGAGCACAGCACAGCACAGCACAGCACAGCACAGGGCACGGCCGAACAGAGCACAGCAGAACACGAAGCACAGCAGAGCGCAGGGCACGGCCCAGGGUGCCCCCAUGCAGCCCCUGGCUCAGUCCGUGGCACUGCUGCUGCUGUGCCCGCUGGCCGCGGCCCUGCCCGGUGCUCGCGGCGGCCGCGGGCGGUUCUGGCACCUCACGGACCUGCACUGGGACCCCGGGUACGAGGCGGCGGCGGCGGCGGGGCAGCCGUGCCCGUCGGGCAGCGCCCGGUCCGGGCCCGCGGGCCCCUGGGGCAGUUACCUGUGCGACGCGCCCUGGGCGCUGCUCCGCUCGGCCGCGCGGGCCAUGCGGGACAUCCUGCCCGCGCCCGACUUCGUGCUCUGGACCGGAGAUGACACUCCCCAUGUCCCCAAUGAGCAGCUCGGAGAAGAAAAGGUUCUGCACAUAAUAGCAAACCUGACUUCUCUGAUAAAGGAGACAUUUCCAGGUACCAAAGUCUAUGCGGCGAUGGGCAAUCAUGACUUCCACCCCAAGAAUCAGUUUCCUGGGAAGGAGCACAGGAUCUACAACCAAACAGCAGAACUGUGGCGGCCCUGGUUGAGUGAUGCCUCCCUCCCUCUCUUCAGAGCAGGAGCUUUCUACAGUGAGAAGCUGCUCAGCCCAGGGACGAGAGGGAGGAUGGUUGUCCUCAAUACCAACCUGUACUAUGACCAGAAUGACGAGACAGCUGCUGAGGAGGAUCCUGGGGGGCAGUUCCAGUGGCUGGAAGAAACACUGACCAACGCCUCCAGAGCAGAUGAAAUGGUCUACCUUGUGGGGCACGUCCCUCCCGGCUUCUUUGAGAAGAAACGAGGCAAGGCCUGGUUCCGGAGGGGCUUUAACGAGCGGUACCUGGGCAUUGUGCAGAGGCACCACAGGGUGAUCGCUGCCCAGUUCUUUGGGCACCAUCACACCGACAGCUUCCGCAUGUUUUACAGCGACACAGGUUCUCCAAUCAAUGUCAUGUUCCUGGCCCCUGGAGUGACUCCCUGGAAAACAACAUUACCUGGAGUGAAUAAUGGAGCCAACAACCCUGGGAUUCGGGUGAUCGACUACGAUCUGGACACCCUUCAGGUGUUGGAUAUGGUGACUUACUACUUGAACCUCACUCGUGCCAACAUGAUGGCCUCGCCAGGGGAGGCAGAGUUCCCAGCGUGGGAGGCAGAGUUCCCAGCGUGGGAGGCAGAGUACAACCUGACAGAAGCCUUCCAGGUCCCUGAUGGCUCCGCGCGCUCCAUGCAGACGGUGCUGGAGAGGAUCUCAGGGGACCCUCACUACCUGCAGAGCUACUACGAGUUCAACUCUGCCAGAUAUGACCUGGCACCAUGCAAGCAGGAAUGUCGUGUGGAUCACCUGUGUGCCAUCAGGGAAGUUGAUUUUACGAAGUAUGAUGAGUGUGUGAAAACCAGCAGUGCUGCCUCUGCUGCCAGUGGCAUUUGGCUUUUGGUUUUCUGCGUGUUCUUAGGAUUUCUCAGUCCCCAGUGAGUGCCAUGAUGGCCAAGAGCAAGAGAAAAGGAGGAGAGCACGAGAUCCCACUGCACGUGAAUCAGUGAUUUUGGCAUUAGAAACCAGGACAAAAUCACUAGUGUUUACUAAAAGCUCUGCGAUACUGACUUGUAAUUUUCUAGACAAGCUUGAUGUGUGAGGGGGGUACAAUAAUCAUGAGAACCUUGUUGUACUGGACUGCCUGCAUUGAGGAAUCUGUCUCCCCUCUGCUGGGACUGCUGGGAUAGCCUCACAAAUCAGAUGAAGACCAGGCCUUCCUGUGGACAUGACCUGCCCACAGGUGAGAGAUGCGUUCUUGGAGGCUGCUGCCAACAUUCCUCGGGUUGGCACACAAUUCUUUUCUGGAAGGACAGUACAGCUGGUGACCCAGAAAGUCUUGUUAUGGUGGCAGAAGCCUCUGGCUUGUGAGCAAAGCCAUGUGGGGUGGCAAUGUCUGGACUUCAGCAGACUUUGGUGUCUCAGCGCUGAAGAGGAAGCACUGAUGAUUGUCUUUGCACCCUCCAAUUGCUGAGCAUAAACAGCUCUAUUCUCUCUUCUGU